AUGAACGUUGAAAAGUCAGAUGACAAAGCAAAGAAUGGCUUGAAGUCUUCCUUACUUAUAAGGGAUGAAAAUGGAAAUAACUAUGCAUGUGACACAGCUACACCUUCUGCAAAGAGUUGUGCCACCAAGAUACGUGGUAAUUCAGAUGACCAAAGUAUGACUGACCAUGAAGAUGGUACUGUUCUUGGAAACAAGGGUGACUUCAGAAAUACUCUUUUAAAACAUCAAUGUACUGAAGCACAUCUACAGAAGACACCUGAUAAGUACGAUUGCACAGGAGCUCUGUUGGGAGAUGUGGAUGCUGCGUGCAAGUGCUCCAUGACUGAACAGAUUUGUGUGUGUCCUUUGAACUGUGAUGUGAAAGAAACAACAAACUUAGUCAAAGGUAACAUUGCUGUGGCAGAAAUGCAAAAUCAGAGUAUUCAACAAUUUGUGCCUUACAGUGAGAGUGACAGUAAGCAUGUAUUACCUCUUCCUGCUUCAGAGCAGAACACACAGUCCCUGAUAACUGACGGGGUAUGCCGCCACUUGAGUGCAUUGGAUGUUGCUGAUAUUGUAGGUGAAACUCUGGGAAUUGAUCAAAAUGAUGACAUACAUCUGAGGAAAAUGUCAGUUUCUUCUGAAGUACGUACAAGAGAGAAACUUGAUAGAAUCAGCUCAGAAAGAACACCUAAUUUCUCCUCUAUGACUGUGGCUUCAGAAAGCCUGGAUACCUAUGCAGAACUUGAAGUAUGUUGUCCUGCCUCUGCAGGUGUUGAACACCAUCUGAAAAUUGCUAACAAGACUGAUAGAGAAUUGCAGCAAACAGAAACGCAGUCUGUAAAACUACUUGCUGAAUGUCUAGAUCCUUAUUGGCCUGAUGCACUAUCACCGUGCUUUAAUAUUAAUGAAGAUGACCAAGUUAAAUCCUUGCAGGAUAAUCCUGACCAUGAUGAAGCUGGGAACUCUAAUGCUGAAACUUGCAUGGAUAGAGAACAAGUAUCAAAGGAAACCAGUACACCCUUAACCAAAGAACAACAUAUCUCUGGAAGUGUUGCUUUUCAGGAUAUGCACACCUCCUCUCUCACAUCUUGCAGUGUACCCAAAUUAAAGAGGACUGUUGUACCUGACCUGAAAUGUGAAGCAACUUUUGUGGUCUGCAGUCCUGUUGCUCAUGAAAGCGAUUUUUCUCCAAGUACUUCAACCCCUAAAGAACAAUCAAAAAAUACAGAAUUUUUUGUUUCAUCUUUGGUGGAACUUGAAGACAAGUCUCCUAAACAAAGACCAAGUAAGACCCCUGUAAGAGAGCAUAAUAAAAGGCCUUUGUUUAAAGCUAGUUCAGGUCAAACUGCUGGAAAACCAGUGGGCCGGUCUGCUAUUGUGUCAACAGUAACCAAAGCGAGGAAAUCGGAGAUCGUUAGUUUUCCCAAACCUAAUUUCAAAAAUAUUAAGCCGAAGGUUAUGUCUAGACCUGUUCCACAGACCAGAAACAGUGUAGAAUUAAAACAGUCUCCCCCACCCCCCCGGCUGUCAGCUGUAUCCUCACCCUCACUGAUUGCUUCCCCAAAGCAAUUGUCCCCCUCUGUAAAAGUGCUGAAAAAGAAAACAGAUUUAGCUAAAGAUAAAGUGGAAUUGCCUGUGAGUAAGCCCCAUAAGCUACAUCUUAACAAACACCUCUUGACUAGCCAAGUUGUACAUGCCACAACGCAUCCCAGAAAUGCUUCCCACAAGGCUUCAAAGACAUCUGCAUUAAAUCAGAAUCCGGAAGACACUGGCAAAGCAAGCUCAAUGCAUUCAUCAUGCUCCUCAGUUUCUGCUGCACUUCCAACAUGUGUAGAGAACUCGAGAGAGAUGCUGGAUGAUAAAAUGGAAAGUUCAGACUCUUUAAUGCAGCCCUGUGCUCAAAACGUUUGCCCAACUGGAGGUGAAAAAGAACAAAGCAGCAACAUGGAAAUUCUGGAAGCCACCAUGGUGAAAGAUGUGGCAAAUGAAACUUUUGACCUGCACUCUCUUCCUUCGAUGCCUUCUGUCAAAGAUUGGACAACACAAGGGAAAAGCAUACCGAAGAAAAGCCUAAUCACACUACAGAGUAUAUCAACUUCUAAGCUUAGAACAGUGCCACCUGCAUUGCCCUUGAAGAGAGGAUGUGAACCUAAAACCAUCAGCCUACCCAAAGCACCUUCUCACAAAGGAGUUGCUUCAUCAUCAAGCUCUGUUAUAGGAUCAUCAGCAAGAGAGAAGCAUGCCUCCAUGAAAAAUUCUGCAGCCUCCUGUGCUAACUCCAGUAAACCACUCCUCAAAUCCAAAGUGCCUAUCAAGACAUUAGUACUUGAGAGAACACCUAGCACCACAUCAGUCAGCAGCACUCAGAGUGAACGAAGUCGCUUCAGCAGUAACACUGCAAGUGCCACAGUCAUCAUCAAGAAUGGAGAAUGCCCUUCAAAACCAUCCCUCCAGAAUGGUACUUCAGAAUAUGUCCCUUUGAAAGCAGUACCAAGACCUAGAUUACAUUCACUGAACUCAAUUCCAAAAGGAACCAAGGCGAGGUCCACUUCACAGAACCAGUAUACACCAAAAUCAGCUUCGCCGCUGCUCUCUGCAAGGAAAGUCAGUGAUGCUAGAGGUAAUCGGCUGUUAGGUAGUCGUAGAAGAAAUGGACACCAAAGCCUAUCUUGUUUGAGUUCUGUUGACAAGGGCAAGCCACGGAGUCCUAAGAGCUCAUGCAUACAGACUCGAGCCUCCACAGAUGGGCAUUCACCGGUCACAAAAACAGCUGCGUUGACGCAGUACAAAACAAAAUGUGAGACCCAAAGUGGAAUCAUCCUGCAGCUGAAAAAGUUCCUGACAUGCAGCAACCAGAAGUUUGAAGCGUUAACAGUUGUGAUCCAGCACCUGCAGUCCAAGAGGGAGGAAGCACUGAAACAGCAGAAAGAGUUAUCUCAAGAACUAGUUAACCUUCGAGGAGAACUAGUAACCACUUCUGCAGCUUGUGAGAAAUUGGAGAGAGACAGAAAUGAAUUACAAGUUGCUUAUGAAGGGUAUUUGCAGAAGUUAAACCAGAAACAUGACAAUGAUUUAGCUGAGCUGGAAGAGAGACUUAAACAGUUCUACACUGCAGAAUGUGAGAAACUCCAAAGUAUCUGCAUUGAAGAAGCUGAAAAGUACAAAGCGCAGCUCCAGGAGCAGGUGGACAACUUAAACAUCACGCAUGAAAACUUGAAGCUGGAACUUCAGAACAGCCACUCAGAAAAAGUAGAGGAGCUGAAAAAGGAGUAUGAAUCCUCUUUUUCAGAGCUCAAGAGUGCCCAUGAAUCUGAAAGGAAGCUGCUUGAAGAUUCCUUUAAAGAGAAGCAAGAAUUGCUGGAGAAAAAAAUUCAUGAAUUAAAAUGUGAAAACGACUCCCUGAAUGAGAAGUUGAAAUUAGAAGAGCAAAAACAAAUAGCCAAAGAAAAAGCCAAUCUUAAAAAUCCACAGAUUAUGUACCUGGAACAGGAGCUGGAAAGUUUGAAAGCAGUGCUGGAGAUCAAGAACGAGAAACUCCAUCAGCAGGAUAUAAAAUUAAUGAAGAUGGAAAAGCUGCUGGAGACCAACACAGUCUUAAUGGAUAAAUUAAAGAAGGUUCAGCAAGAAAAUGAAGAAUUAAAAGCUCGGAUGGACAAACACAUGGAGCUUUCAAGGCAACUUUCUACGGAGCAAGCCGUUUUGCAGGAGUCACUGGAGAAAGAAUCAAAAGUGAACAAACGCUUGUCCAUGGAAAAUGAAGAACUCCUGUGGAAGUUGCACAAUGGUGACCUAUGCAGCCCCAGAAAACUGUCUCCCAGUUCUCCAUCUGUGCCUCUUCAGUCCCCGCGAAAUUCUGGUAACUUCUCUAGUCCCACAGUAUCACCGAGAUGACAUCUCUUGAGAGAAAGAGGGGGCUGCAUUUCAUUUCUGAUCUGCAGAACUGGUCCUGACUUUAAUCACCAGAGCGAGAGCUAUAUUAGCCAAGUAAACAUAACUGGAAACUAUUUGGUGCAAAAAUGGCGCUAAGAGACUGAGACUGUGGGAGCAAGACAGUUGUGUUGCUCCUCCCAAAAAGACUUGUUUAGGACCUCUAUGGACAUCGUUGCACAAAGCACUUCCAGAGCAAGGAAAGACUUGUUCAUUGCCUUUUCACCCAACUAUACGAAAAAGCUCAGGGGCUUAGAGAUAAAAGAUCACAACCUUUAUAUUAUGUUCCUUAUCACAGACACUUUUUUAAGGCUGUAUGUGUGUGUGCUGUGGAUGGAGUGGAUGUAACACACUGAGCGUGUGUCUAAUGCUGCCUUCUUUGCUGUGUACGUAAUAAAGGAUAAAGCUGAAGACUAUAUAU